AUGGCAUUCAAUCUCAACUCUGUACCAGAUUACGAUGACCUUCCUGAGGUCAAAACCAUGCCCAAGGGCUGCGCCUGGGGUGUUUUUGACCAAGAUGGUAAAAAGGACAUGGUCGGAACGCUCAACUUUCUUACUCCAGACGUUGUCCGCAGCGCUGCUCUAGAAGUCAAAGAUGGUGUUUCCAUUUCUCUCAACUGGCCCAUCAAUGCAAUGACCAAGCUCAACGUCCCAGGCCGAGCAGCACCCGAGCACAAAAUCCUCUACAUCCCCGAAAGCAUGGCAGCCCUCCCCUUUGAGCAAGGAAAGUCAUGGGACGAUGAAAUCAGCUUCAACACCCAAGGAAGCUCCCAAUGGGAUAGUCUGUGUCACUUCCAACACCAAGAUUCAGGCCUUGCCUACAAUGGCGCCAAUCCCAGCCGAGAAGCUUUGUCUGUCGACUCAACCGAGGCCAACACCAUGCCCACGCUAGAUCAUUGGCACUCUCACGGCUGUAUCGCGGGACGAGGAGUCUUACUCGACUAUGCUGCUUACGCUGAGGAGAAGAACAUCGAGUUCCAUCCUUUUGACGGACAUCGUAUUACGGUUCAAGACCUUGAAGCUUGUGCAGCAUACCAGAACGUCGAGUUUAUGCCUGGCGACAUUCUUCUCAUCCGCACAGCCGCCACUGAAGUCGUCGACAAAAUGGAUCCUGCAGGUUUGGCCAAAAUGAUGGCGGCGAAACUCAGUGGUCUUCACGGUUGUGAAGAAACUGCUCGAUGGCUAUGGAACAAGCGGUUCGCCGCAGCUGCAUCCGACUCAAGUUCCUUCGAAGCGUUUCCUCCCUUGAAGCCCGAUGGAUCUGUCGGCGGAAUGAAAGAUCUUGUGCUUCAUGUGUAUUGUUUGAGUCUUUUUGGUAUGCCGAUUGGAGAGUUGUGGGAUUUGAGCAAACUGGCUUUGUACUGCAGGGAGAAGAAGAGGUAUUCUUUCAUGAUCACUUCGACGCCUUUGAAUCAACCUGGAUUGAUUGGGUCGCCGCCGAAUGCGCUGGCUAUCUUCUAG